AUGAGAUCUCAGAUAAAGCUCGCUCGCCCAGUUCAAGAAAGUGGUCACGUCCUUAGCCAUCUGGGAAGUGGUAGCUGGAGUGCCAUCCUCGUACUCAACAAGGUCGUCAAACAAAACUCUACCCAUCGCAAUGGAACCACCUGGGAAGUAUGGGUUGUAGUUGGAUCCUGGAGGCAACUGGACACCUGCUGGUGGCUCGUCUGGGUAACCGGUCAACAAGGAGAAGAUGUAGUCACAAGCACCGUGUCUGGCCUUGACAAUCAGCGAGAGGUCAGGAGGCAGGGCACCCUGGUUGGCAGCUCUGGCAGCUUGUUCGUUGGCGUAUGGGCCUGGGAUGUGGUCAGCAAGCUUACCAGGUCUCUUCUUAGGGUUACCCUGGUCAUCAGGCUCAUCGUCAUACUCAAACUCCUCGCACAUGGCUCUAACCUCGUUUUGAGUGUGAGACACUCCCACAAGAGUUCUCCAAGCGAUUCUGUCAAGGGAGUGGCAGGCAGCGCAAACCUCUCUGUAAACCUGGAAACCUCUUCUGAUCGAGGCAUGGUCAAAAGUCUCGAACAUGCCGUUGUGGGACCAUCCGUAUUCAGGAGCGUGCAAUCCGUGCUCGGCAGCAGUCAUGGCUUGGGCAGUUUGCGAGUCUUGGUAAAGAACGUAUCCGGCACCAAGACCAACAGCAGCAACAACACCUUGCACAGCUUUCUUGGUGUUUGGAGAAACACUGGUUGUAGCGGUGGAGAAGGCUCUCAGUCUCAAUGGACGCCUCAAUGA